CCUGCACAAAUAGGGCUGGAGGGGCGGGGCGACCAAAAUUUCGCGCCAAGGUGGCUGACCUAGCGGGGUUGGGAGUCCAGCGCUAGCUCGCAAGUGUUUCCUGCAGCUGUCAUGGUUCGUCCGCUAAACUGCAUCGUCGCUGUGUCCCAGAACAUGGGCAUCGGCAAGGACGGGAACCUGCCCUGGCCUCCACUCAGAAAUGAAUUCAGGUAUUUCCAAAGAAUGACUACAGUCUCUUCAGUAGAAGGUAAACAGAAUUUGGUGAUUAUGGGUAGGAAGACCUGGUUCUCCAUUCCAGAGAAGAAUCGACCUUUAAAGGACAGAAUUAAUAUAGUUCUCAGUAGAGAACUCAAGGAACCUCCAAAGGGAGCUCAUUUUCUUGCCAAAAGUCUGGAUGAUGCCUUAGAACUUAUUGAAGAUCCAGAAUUAACAAAUAAAGUAGACAUGGUUUGGAUAGUGGGAGGCAGUUCUGUUUAUAAGGAAGCCAUGAACAAGCCAGGCCAUCUUAGACUAUUUGUGACAAGGAUCAUGCAAGAAUUUGAAAGUGAUACGUUUUUCCCAGAAAUUGAUUUUGAAAAAUAUAAACUUCUUCCAGAAUACCCAGGUGUUCCCUUGGAUGUCCAGGAGGAAAAAGGCAUUAAGUACAAAUUUGAAGUAUAUGAAAAGAACAAUUAAUGUGAAAAUGUUUUCCGAUCUAUUUCAAGCCUUUCUCCCCCCACAAAAAACUAUAUAUUUUUUGUUGUAGAGACUUUGUUCACUUUAGAUCUAUUACUUCUAAUCAAUGUAUUUUUAUUCCCUAUUAAUCUUUUUUUUAUUAAUUAUUAUUGGAGUAUACUUGCUUUACAAUCUUGUUAGUUUCUGCUGUAGAGCAAAGUGAAUAAGCUAUACAUAUACAUAUAUCCCCUCUAUCAAGACAGCCCGAAGUGGGAGGGUCCCCUGGUGGCUAGAGUUGAAAUCAUAUUCUGUAGAGGUAGGGAGUAAGUCUAAAGAUCAGAAAUGGACCCUAAACAGGAAAACUAGCAUUCAGUUAUUAAAUCAAAAGAGGGACUAAGAAUUACUCCAUGUAGAUCACACUACUGAAAAAAAUUCUGUUCACUCAGACCAUUCCACAAGGAUAGUGAUGAACAGGUACAACACUACCUUUUGAUGGUUAAGGGAACGUCUGAGACCUUUAAAAACUUUGUUUCUGAACUUCAGUGAGAUUUCACAGGAUGUUACAAUGAUAGAAGAAGAAUUGGCUGCUCUUUACAAAAAAGGAUAAUCUAAAAUCAAGCAUAAUGGCUAAAAUUUUAAAAGGUAAUAAAUUGAGAAUAAAUGUUGCUAGAAACCAAAAUUAGUAAGUUAGAAACUAAACAUCACAGAAUUAAAAAAUGAAGACUAAACCAUGUUUUACCCAUCUUGUUAGCAAAGAUUUAGAUUACUAAUAUAAAAAAAUAGUAUUUUCUGCCUUAUAAAUUGGUACAACCUUUUUAGUGUGUAAGUUAGCAAUAUCAAUUAAAAUUCAAAAUAUUCUGGGUUUGGACCCAGGACUUCCACUUCUAAAAGUUAUUCCUGAACAAAGAGAUGGGCCCAAGAAUAUUUGUUGCAAAAUUUUGUUUUAAACUUAGAAAGAACCCAAUGUUGAUUAAUAGAACGAUUUAAUAUGUCUAUAAAAUGUAACAUCUGCAGCAGUAAAAAAAGGAUGACUGAAAAAUGCCAAAAACUGCUAAGAAGCAACUUAUGUAUCAACUCAAAAUGUUUAAUAGAUGUUAAUGUGUGGGGAAAAGCAUGUGGCAAACUAUUGACAGUACCAGUUUGGAGUGUUAUUUUCUGCAUUAGGUAUGUCUAUUGUGAUUAGACUUUUUGAAGUAUUAUGUGCUUAUUUUUAUUUUAAAAAAUGACUUAAUAAAUAGAGCCCUUUAUGUUUAGCAAUAAAAUUAGGAUACAGACCAUCAGAAAUAAAAAGAAAUGUCCUAAAAUCUUCAUAGAGGGAAAAGACAGAUCACACAGAAAAAUAGGAACCAAUACUGCGGAAGACUUACAAACCACAAGAAAACAGUGGUGCUCUGCAAGGAACAUAACCAGAAAACUAUUAGUAUCCAGAAUUUAUAGAUCUUAGAUACUAACACGAAAAAGAAGGAAGCCAAUUAGAGAAGAGGAAACUCAAAUGACCAAAAAUAUAUAUAAAGAUGUCCCUGCCUAAUUGGAGAAAUGCAAAUUAAAACUACAGCAAGGUACCAACCACACACAGCAGAUGUGGCAUUCUCACUAAUACCAAUUUUUUGGUAGAUGAUAUCAGACAGCACCAGUUGGUGUGUGGAAAAGUAAAACCGGGAAGGUGAGAGGGCCAGUUCAAGGUCAGCGAGCAGGUUCCCAUUGGGUUGCAAACUCAAAACUGCUGAAAUAUCUGGGAAAUGGAGGGGAGGAAAGCUGGAGUAUUUAUCCCCCACUCACUGAUGGGGGCUACUCCCAGUGUUGUCAACGCCCUGACCUGUGUAUUACUGAACACACCAACUACUAGACAGAGUCCCAGGUGUUGCAGUAAGAGGCUGCUGACAUGCUCAGUUCAGUCGCUCAUUCGUGUCCGACUGUUUGUGACCCCAUGGACUGCAGCACGCCAGGCUUCCCUGUCCAUCACCAACUCCCAGACUUUACUCAAACUCACGUCCACUAAGUCAGUGAUGCCAUCCAACCAUCUCAGCCUCUGUCGUCCCCUUCUCCUCCCGCCUUCAAUCUUUCCCAGCAUCAGGGUCUUUUCCAAUGAGUCAGUUCUUCGAAUCAGGUGGCCAAAGUAUGACAUGCUCAGGACCAGCAAAUUCCAUGUUUAUGAUUAUGUACAAUUUCAUACUUCUUUUAUAGUAAAAAGUAUAAAGGCACAGAUAGUUUAAAGUAUUUUACAAUUUUAAAAUACAUAGAAGCAUGAAGACCAAUUAAUUACAGGUUCAGGAGAGGAAUGUUGGUAAUUCAGACUAGAGAAUUGGGUACAGUAAAAAAAUUGAUUCAGGAUAGAUUUAAAAGUUGGAGGUAACAGGAUUUUCUGGUGGCAUUUGAUUUUGGCUGUGGACCUACUGAAUUUGAAAUACCUGUAAGGAAAGAAAAAGGGAAUGAAAGAAAAACUGAAAUAAUAGAACCAUGCUGUUAAAAUUCUGAGAAAUUAUUUUUAACUGAUAAAUCUGUGCUAAGUCACUUCUAUCAUAUAUUCAAUCUUGUAAUAAAUUCUAUCUGGCAUCCCCA